AUGGCAUCCCACGCGUUCCACUCGCCUGAUGUGGAGCUUCACGAAUCCGAGGUCGCCAAACCGUCGCCGCUCAGAAUCAUCAAACGUAGCCAGACCAUCACCAACAGCUUGUCGGGCAGAGAGACUUUCGGCGGACGACGCGGUACUUCUGGCGAGUCCAAUGAGAGCAUGGGAACGCCGCCAGGAGGUGACAGACCAUUGACGGUGCGGAAGAAACGAACGACGAGAGCAAGCAUAAGUGAUUGGGGUUUGGAAGAGCCUCUGUCGGAGAUGAGUCCAGAAGAUUUGAACAAAUUGGAUUCAAUUUGGAAAAUCAAUGGACCAAGCAGUCCUCAAGAUGAUCCAAAUGUGACACCAAAGGCAAAAUGCUCUCUACCAAGGACCAUCAGCGCAGGAGCUUUUCUUAAAUCAGAGCUUCAUGGACGCAGUUUUGACAUAGAGGCGGGCAGACACUCCGUUCGGGGUCAACGGCACUCGUUGUACCCACCACAACAAGAAAUUUUUCAUAACCGUCAUCUAUAUGCCCUUCCUCAGAGUUCGCCUCCUGCGAUACCUCCAAGACGGCCGUCCAAGUCCAAAAACUUCUUUCUCCGUGCCAUUGGUGGACGCGGCUCCGAAGACAUCAAGGGCGUGAAGCGGAGCGAUUCGACACUAUCCAAGAAUACCUUGAUACGUCGCCUCUCGCGUACUAAAAAGAAAACCUCGGGCUCUUACGAUGCGUUUUGCGAAGACGAUGUUUCUUCUGAGAGCACUGAACCCUCCCUUCCACCCGAGAGCUUCGACAUCGCAGACGUUGGCAUCAAUUCAAUAAUUUCUUGUGGCACACCCUCAUCAUUCUCAGCAUCUGAUACAACAUCGAUUACAUCCAACGACAACGUUUUCGUUCUGUGCCCUCAGAUCAAAAUCACACCGGAGGUAAAUAGUCUUGACAACGGAAAUUGCGAUCUCUGGGUGGCUGUCGAAGUAACUGGGGUUCUUCACAAGGCAGAUGGCCGCCGAGUAUCCCCAUCCCUCUCAGGUCCCAGUUCAUCUGAAGCGAGGCACUACGGCAAACUGCACUCUAUUGAGAUAGAACUCUACCCUGGUCGAGGCUGUCAACUCGACGGCAUCAUUGGUAGCCUCCAUCGAGUACCGACAAUCGGCGCUCAUGAAACACAUCUUGUCCUCGCCAAAGUCUUGCUCAGCAAAGUUACUGCUCCACGGCAUGCCAGAGAGGUUUCCUCGGCUGAUCUUAUUUCUCAAUUGGAGACACACCUCGGCGAUACCAUGAACUCAUAUCUUACAGUCCGGGUUGCCUACCAACAUUCCGGAUUUCCAAGCCACAGAAGUCCUUCCGGGGUUGCUGAAGGACUCAGCUCGCAUAUUACUCGCUUGCAAACCGAAGCAAUCGCAGUCAUCAAGAGACAUGAUUCUCAGUCUGCCUGGUCUCCGCGUACCUCCCAAGCUAUGGCUAACCCACUGGCAUCGAACCCGCUUAUCUCACUGAUCGAGACACAUCUACCACCCGAUAGAGCGCGAGAAACUCUCAAAAGGUUGGCUAACGAGCGGGCACCCAUUUCGAUGGCGAGGCGAUUUCAGCAACAUCUCCCUGGCUCGAGUGAAGACACUGUAAAGCCCGCCACAUCGUGCUUUGCAGUGAACGCAGCAACCCUCUCAGGGCCCUUCGCUCGCCUCCCACAAGCGCAUCUCUCGAGAGAAAGGGCCUCAUCAGAAGUCGACCCAGCAAGGAAAAUUUGGACUGAGAUGCGUCGGAAUUCCCGUGGUGGCCGCAGCCGUCACCAUAGGACUAGCAUCAGUGCAGACCACUACUACAGCUUGGAAGAGGAAACCAGCCCGAGUCGACUCAGCUCUGGGAAUAAUUCUGUGUCAACGAUCUCGAGCGGACUGGGUGGAAAGAGGAAGGCUGGAGAUAUUGCUGAGGAGAGAAGCAGGAUCAUGGAGGUCGCGUUGAGAAACAAGAGGAGUGUUGGGGCUGAGACCUUGAGAAGUAUGGCACCUAGUGUUGUGCAAAUGAGUACUUCCACGGUGGGGAAAGGAAAGGGGGCUACCUUUGGAGGUUUAGGAGUAGGCUUGGGACGUACUUGGGGAUGGGGGCCGCCUUGGUGGUAA